AUGACGGCCCUGGAAGCAAAACCAAUCACAUAUGCUAACCCUGAGCUCGCCGGAUCCGAGAAACCAGGUACUUCCAUUCACUUACCGUAUGGAUUCGGCCCGAUUCCUCCAGCUGACUCAUCGAAACCAAACAAAGUCUUUUAUUUUGACAUAGAUAAUUGCUUGUACCAGCGGUCUACUCGGAUCCAUGACAUGAUGCAAGACAAGAUCCACCAAUAUUUCAAGGAUAGCCUUCAACUUGACGACGAGGAAGCUCAUAAAUUGCAUAUAAAUUAUUACCGUGAAUACGGAUUGGCCUUGGAGGGCCUUGUGAGAAACCACCAAGUCGAUGCUUUGGAAUACAAUGCCCAGGUUGAUGAUGCGCUAGACUUGAAGAGUGUUCUUCAUUACAAUCAGCAACUUCGCGACAUGUUGAUUCGCAUUAAAGAAACUCAUAAAUUUGACUACUUUUGGUUGGUCACCAAUGCUUACAAGAACCAUGCGCUUCGAGUCAUAUCGUUCUUGGGCCUUGGAGAUCUCUUUGACGGACUUACGUUUUGUGACUAUUCCAAAUUUCCUAUCAUUUGCAAGCCUAUGAACGAGUACUUUUUCCACUUUUUGGACUUGACCCACACGUCCACCAACUUCCGAACGCCGGGAGUGUUGAAACAGCAGUAUUUUGUAGAUGAUAGUGAGAUUAACGUCAAGGCGGCUCACAGGUUGGGCUUUGGAAAUGUUAUCCACUAUGUCGAAUUAGAGGAGGAGUACAAAAAGUUGAAACAAAAAGUUGACUUUGAAGAGUUUUAUGGGUCAGGAGAUAAUGCUGACUUGUCGAAGAUUCGAAUAGUCCGUGAUAUACUCGAUCUUGAGUCGGUUAUAGGUAAUUAG